AUGACCAUAAACAAACUGUCAGUCACUCAUCUGACACCGUGUAAUCGAGCACACGACCAUGCCCAAGGUUUCUACGGUCCAGUUGGCCCGGCAUGAGGGUUGAGGUUAAGUGGAGGAGAUAGUAACUGGACGACGCUUUCCUCCGGCCGGUUGACCGGCAGUCGGCGAGAGAGCGUGUCUUCUGCGGAGAGCCCUGGUGAGAGACGCAGGUAGAAAUGCGAGGGGAACGCUAGAAUUUGAAUUCUUGACCCUCGUCACAAUCAGCAACCGGAAGCGAUUUCAAUUUUGAAUUUUAAUUUUCAAAUUGUCUUUAUCAUUCGAUUUUUCUACACCGCAUGCCUGUUUUGUUUUUUAUCUUCUUUUUUUUAAAUUUUUUGUAGCGUCUUUUAAAAAAAUUGUCCUAUCCUUUUUCUGCAACUUAUUCUCCUUCAGCAUUCGAUUUUUUUCUACACCGCAUGUCUGUUUUUUUAAAAAAAUUUUUUUCUCUUCAUGUAAUUAAGUUUCUUUUCAAAAUGUUCCUGUUUAUUUUUUUCUGCAAUUUAUUCUAAUAUGGAUUUUCCUAGAAUUGAAUCAAGCCCUCUCUUAAAUUGAACUUUAACGAUGUGCCCUAGAUCUUGAUAAUUUUUUUCAAGUUCAAAUAAUCCUCUCUGUCCAAAAUCGUUCAAAACCCUAUUGCACGCUUAUUUUUAACCGUUUUUUGCGCAGUUUCAAUCUGAAAGAUUUUUUUUUUCAGCAGCCAUUACACUCCAGUCACAAUUUUAUGAUCGUUGCAAAAAUUUUCUACUCUCUAGAAAAUAAGUUUUUUUGUGCACUUGAAUGACUGAAGCUGAUCCGCGGGUGCUAACACAGUACCCACCAAACGGAAUCCCGCCAGGACCGCCGUAUAUGGAACAGGUAAACACACCUGAUGAGAUUAAUUUUCCAAGUUCCAUUUUCAGCAUCCAGUCGUAAGUUACCCACCACAGCAGCCGCCAUGGCAUCCAGGAAUGCAGCCGCAGCAACCGCCGAUUCCGCCGGUUUGCAUGCAAGAGAGGUUGGAAUGUUUAUUUAAAUUUUUAGUUGUGAAAAAAGUUUCUUGCUUAUCUUUUCUCUACGGCUGUGAUAAGCGAUUGUUUGUCUAUUUAUUAAUUUUUUCUUAUCGAAUUCUUUCUAGACGUAAGGGCGCCAAGUGUCCCAGAAAUCAUAGCGGUAAUCAGUCUGCUUGAGAAUUCUGCUGAGUUUUUCGGGGUAAUGAUUUUCAUAAGCUGUUUUUUGAGGUUUCUUGAGUUUGCAAUAUUUCAGUGGUUUUUCAAAAAAUUGGCCUUUUCAAUGUGGCACGAUUUUUGUAUAAAUGUCAUGAAGUCUUUCGUUGUACUGAAUCUAAAAAUUCAACCUAUGGUUCCAAGCAAACAUCAAGAGUUCGAAAGAGGGAUUUUUUACGAAAUGAAGAAAUUUUUCUCUCUUCAAGUCAGUACGCGUAAUAGAAAACUUUUCAUUAUUAUGCUUAUUUUUCAAUCUCUCUAGGUUUUCUUUUGUAGAGAGAUUCAAAGGAAAAGGGUCAAACUGUUCAAUUUUCUAUUUUUAUAAUUUCAACCUUGCAGUCUUGGAAUUUCAUAUCCGUGUUGAUGAUUUUUUUUUUCAGUAGAAUCAAGUUUCUUCCUUUUUUCAAACUUCCAAUUUGGCAGGCAAAACGCGCCAGUUCCAUACCCACGGUCCCCUUCGAGGAUGCCACCGACGGCCGUGAAUCCUCAGACGAUCCACUGGAUGACCCAGCACUACGGCUACGCCUAUUCGAACUCGCCGGUGCCGUCGGUCACGCCGUCGGUGAUGUCCGCCCAGAUGUACGGCGAUAACAUGUCGAUGCUCAGCGUCAACACCAACGUCACCGCCACCAAUCCCGUUGACGUGAGUUUUUCCUCAGUUUCUGCUGGCAUUCAGGACGGUAGUUGAAAAAGAAGAAGAUCUUGAAAACGUUCAGAAAAGUAAGAAAGACAGGAAAGCCUUUUGAAUGUUCCUCAAUUUUUUUUUCUUUCACGUACCAUCAGAUAAUUUUCACCCUUUUAUUAUUAUUUUUGGCAACUUUAAAUUUUUUCAAAUAUAAUGUUUUACUCAACGUGCAAAGUCCAAAAGGUCUCAAAAAGGACUUUUCGAAAACACCUUAAAGGCAUCUUUUUUCUUGACCUUCUUCUGAAAAGGACCUUUUGAGGAGGAAAACAGGAGGUUCCGAGAAACUUUUGACAACUUUUUAGGAACUCAAAAAGGAUCUUUAGACUCUUUUUUUAAGGCUUUUUCGAGGUCGUUUGAACUUUGUCUAUGUUUUUUUUUCCCCUUUUUUUAAAAUGCGGAAGGUGAUUAAGUUCAGGAAAAAUAGCUUGAAUGAGAGAAAUCCGUUGUCGAGUUUUACUUCCUGAUUUUCAAAUUUUAGCCUUCCCAAAGAUGUUUUUCAUCGAACGGCUCGACAACUGAGAACAUCAAUCCCAAUCUCAACAUGGCUCUUCUUCAGAGCACGAGACAAGUCGAUGAAAUCUUGAAUGUAAGUUCAAAUUUUUCUUUGCAUUCUUCAUUACUGUGCUUAGAUUUGGUUCUCUUCGAAUUUAAUGAAACGCGUGGAAAUGGCCAAUAUUAUUUGGAACUGGGCCAAAGGUAGCGGUCUCACCAGCAUUGACGAAGUCACCAUGCCGGUCAGUUCUUUUUGUUCGAAAUUCAGCCAAAACUUCGAUUUCCUUCAGAAUUUCAUGCAAAGGAUAGUUCACGUAAUUAUUGAUGGAUUGUGGUGUGAGAUAAAUAACUCCGGAGGUCGUCCCCCGCCAAAAGAUGUCAGUUUUUCGUUAAAGGAAAGUUCUCAAGAUUGUGUUUCAGUUGGACGUCUCCUAUCGCCUUAUCGAAAUUUUGCAUAGGAUAUUAUUAACUCCGUGUGGUUUGCACUUUGUGAGCCUAGCGUUUCGAGCCGACUUCCAACCGCAAAAUCAGCCUUUGCUGAGAGAUGCGAUUUGCCCCUUCGUUGGUAUCCACAAUAAGUGAGUUGGAAGUCCCAAACCCCGAAGGAAAGAGGAGACUUCAGUCAGCCUCAAGUGGAUCGGAGGUCGAAGCUCCUGAUCGAGAUCAUCUGGAUCCUUAUCACACAAAACGACGCCAACGCCCGUACUCAGUGUCUCAAGUCCCUGAAAAUCACGCAAAAUGUUGGUUUAUUCCUUUGAAAAGAGACAGUAAUUGUUUUCCAGAUGGUUCCCCGCUUGGUGCAAAGUUUGAAAGAUGGUCAUUUUGUUAAUUCUAGGCUAUUGCAUAUUUUCUUGAAGUUGACCUACAAAGAUAAGCAAAUGAAGGUUCUACCAAGCUCAGUAUUUGAUAAUCGAAGAUUUUUCAGGAAUCUCUUUUCCACUAUGGCUCUCCACAAAAUCUCACUUAUUUAGUUUUACAUUGUUUUCUCCCCAAAUCAAUGCAAAACCCGAGUCCGGAACGAAGAGGGUUUGUUUUAUCAUUUUUUGAUUCUUCUGAAACGCUGGGAAAAUUUAGACAGCUGAUUUCGGAUGCGUGUCGCCUUUUGAAGUCUUUGGUUCACGACACGCAAUCGAUCGAUAAUUUCAUCCGAGUCAAUGGGAUUCAGGUGAGAAACUCUGCAAUUCCCCACUAGAAGAAUUUUCCAGAUCAUUUGCGAGUUAUUGAAAACGAUAACCGACAAAAGAAUCAUUCGCGACGCUUUGAUUUUGUUCAAAGAAGUCUCAGAUUCGGAAGUUUUCAAAGAGUUUCUCAUACCGGUCGAUUUUGUAAGUCGUGCAUGAUCACAAAUCAAUAAAAAGUUGUUCUUUUUCAGAUAAUUUACCUUAUGCACAACUUCCAAGAUGAGAACAUUUUCCAGCAUGGCACUGGUUUUUUAAUAAACAUAACGGCGAAUAAGCCGAGAUAUAAGGUCCGUGUUCUUCUUGUUUCUCAUAGAUAUUCAAGUUUUUCCAGGAAAUAGCCAUAAAGUCGGGAUGUGUUCAGCUUCUAGAAUCUAUAAUAUCCCGUUGUCCAGAGUACGUUCCGUCUAAAGAAAUAGAAAAAACGUAUGAUUUGUAGGAUAUUCAAGACUCCAGACGAUAAAAAGGGCCUGAUACUUGACAUUUUGUCAAACAGUUGCUUAACGCUGAACAACCUGCUUCCCUUCUGGUUCAGUGGCGGAGUCGAACUUGUCCCCCAGGCGCAGCAAAUCCUUCUCGCUACGGUCCAACGUUUCUUAUGCCCGGUUAGGCGGAUCGCAAUUGAACUGAAUAGGGAAGAAAACGUUUUAGGAAGUCCUACGGAAGUUUCUAAACCUGUUAGUUUUCGAGGACGUCUCAUGGAAAGAACAAUUGAUUGAACUCCGGAAUAAUCUACUCAGGGUGAGUUCCAUUCCUUAAUUCAGAAUUGAAAAAUCGACUUGCAGCUUCUGACUACGAUUUUCCGAACGCCGGUCAUUCAGAAAGAUCGCAUUUUUGAAGUUUUUGACGAAAUUAGGCACGAAAAUAUCAUCGGGACUAUUCUGCAUGUUUUCUCAAUAGCGAAAAGUUUAUACGCGGUGAGCAUCCGAGAAAUUUUCGUGACAUAACCGGGGAAAUAUUAAAGGAUGCAACGAACGAUGGGGACAAAAAGAAGCGAGAAACGUUGAUUUUGCGAAGUCUCAAACUUCUCGAAUACAUCAUGACGGGAACCGGGUCCAACAUGGUCAUGGACAUUCGCAAAGCAAUCAUCAAUUUCUUCAGGUCAGUUUUCCUAGCUUAAAAAACAUGGGAUAUUAAAGGCGCAUGUUCAAUGGGUCAUGAGACGAAUUGAUUUCUCAUUUAGGAAAUCGCAACUUUACUGCUAUAGCUGGCUCACGGCUGGCUUGAGCCAUCGAAAAAAGGGUCCUGACACGAUAAUAAGAGAUAGUGCUGGCUCGUGAAGAGCGCAGACAGUAGACGCCCUUAGCGUCCCAAGCUGGCCGUAAAUCAGCUAUACAUUUUUUUUUUAAAGCGCAUGCCGUUUUCAAAAAGAUUCCGCGAAAUUCAGAAUAGCCACCAGAGAGUGAAAAAUAUAACUGAAUUUCGGAAAUUACGUCGUCAAAAAAAAUUUUUUUUCAGACAUAAUACAACUUGUCCCCUGGACAUCAUCAACGAAAAAAGCGGAGAUUCGCUAAUCGUGGUGCUUCUGGAAUUUUGUACGCGCUUAUUGGAAGUUUGUGGCGAGGCGCCUUUGCCGUGGACAAUCGACAGGCUUGCGGUGGAAGGACUUGCAAAUCGACGAAACGCUGACAUUGGUUCGUUUUUCCACUACUAUGCAAAAUUAUCAAUUUUUUCGUUACAGCAUCUGCCGCCCAGAAUCUUCUUCGUAAAAUGCCGGUGUCUGCCUCCGAAUUCGAACCCCUUGCCGAAGUUUUUGCCAAUACUGAUUAUCAGUUUUAUUAAUUGCUCACUAUCUAUCCAACUAUCAUGUACAUAAAAAACACAAGUCAAACCGGUAUUGUGAUAUUCAUGUGUUAACUAUGCCUGUUGUUUUUGUUUUCUUUACAACUCUAAUCAUAUUUAUUUUCUUUUUUUCCAAAGCCCAUCUCUCAUAUUUCAUAAUAGGAUCUUUAUGUUCAAAUAGCGACUGAUCCUCAUGUUAUUGAUAAUCGGGUAAUUUUUUUUAGUGCUUUUUACUACCUAAUUUCCUGUCUCAUAUUUGCAGUCAAACUCACAAUUCUUUCGUCCAGAUUGCUUUUACUGUAGAUUGAUUAUUUAUUGCAAAUCUGAGAAAAUGAAUUAUUUUAUCGCUAUUAUUCAGUCAACACAGUUCCAUGUGAAACAAGAAGUCAAAAAUGAUAGAGGUGGUUGAGAAACUUUCAUAUGCAGGAAAUAACUACUUAAAAAGAAAAAAAAAGGAAUUUCUGGCUCAGCUGAAUUCUUUUUAUCGUUAUUAUUCAAUUUGAUCAGGUCAGAGAAACUAAAAAAAUCGGUAGUAUCGUUAUUCCAAACAGAAAAUGUGGGACCUAUAGGCCUAUGGAAAAGUUGCUUCUUUUUCGAUUAAUAUUUGAAAAACGCAUUCAUUUAGUUUUCAUUAUUUUUUUGUUUUUGUUAAAAAGGAAUACGUAAAAUUGAACUUGAUUGGAAAUUUUGCGCUUUCCAAGUUUAAUAAAAGGCAUUAUUCCCUCAUUUCGUCGGGAAAGAGGCUUUUGAAUUUUGCAAAGCAUGUAAAAAAGAAAAAAAUGACUGCUUUUCUUUUUCGAUGUCCCAAUCGCGUGCAUGCAUGCUCCAAGGCAAAAAGGUCUCGCCGCGAAUGGGGGUUAUCCGAGAGGCUUUUUGCUGAAAUAAUUUAUUUUUUUAAAUAAAAAAAUAUAAUAUAUAAAUGUGUAUCUUUGUUUUUCUACUGUUUAUUUAUCAUAUAAUUUGUUCAUCUAAUUGAAUAAACGGGGAACAGCUUUAAAUCAAAAGUUAUGUUCCGAUGGCGCGAGGAUUUUUUUAAAAAUACCGAUUUUUCGUUUCGUAGCAGUUCUCUUGGGAUUCAUUUGCUCCUUUUUUUUUAAGCAUGUUCAAUUGAGGUACAAAGCAUGUUUCAAAGCGCAAAAAGUUUUCAUUGUCGCUCCAAAUUUGCUUCAACACAGUGGAUCAUUUCAAGGAAUUUUUUAUCGUUUUGAAACAAGUUUCUUCUUCAAAUAAACAUGUCUCGUUAUUCAACACGCUUUCAACAUUCAAAUUUUUUAUGUUGGGGGUUUUCAUUUUUUUUUUUCAAUUGAAAGCUCAUUUUACUGUGCGUCAAAGGAAUUUCCUCUUGUUUCGAGAAAUGUUCCAUAUAGAAUACUAGAUAUGAAAUUAGAAAAAUUUAGCUUGUUUUUCUAGUCCGAGCGCGCGUUUUCUCAUUCUUUUUUUACUUCGUUCAAUUUCUGGAGCAAUUUCCAUGCUUGAUUUUUGUUUUUUUCAAUUGAUACAAUACUUUUCGAUAUACUCGAGAAUUGAAAUUAUUUCAGAAAUGUCGAGGUUUUUUUCCGUGGUGGACAUAGCUCUGAUUCUGAUAGCGAAUCUAGCGAAGAUGAGGUGCAAGAGCAAAAGAUUAAAACGAAGCCAUCCGCUUAUCGGUAAUUUUUGGUUUUUUGCUACUGUAUUUAUUUUUCUUAUAGCAAUGAUUUUGAAUUGCUGGCGGAAGGCGAAGAUGAUCAACGCCGAGUAGUGCGGACUCAGAAAGAUCGUAAGUUCGACGAACUCAAAGAUUUGAUCAAACUAAUCCGUAACGCGAGAAGUAAUAAAGAUUUGAACAAGAUGUUAUCAGGUUUUUUUCUUACCCGAUUUUUUUUUUCUAUAAAAUUGAUUUUCUAGUUUUUGACGAUUUGUUGAAAUCUUAUGAAAAGUCGAGAACCAUUUUCCAACGACAGAACAUCUCGAUGCCGCGUUUUUUUAUAUCAGGUAAUUUUCAAUUAUAAAAAAAUUGAGAAAAGUGGAUUCAGAGCUGUCGUGGAACUUGAAGACUAUUUGACCAAUCUUUGGGAAGACAAAGAAGCCAAAGCGGUUUGGCAUUUUGUUCAACUUCCUCAUUGAAAUCCAGUUCACAGGCUUUGUCCAAACUGAACACGAAAGCUCUCUCAGCUAUGCGGCAGAAAGUCCGUAAAUAUGUCAAGGAAAUUGAAGAUAAAAUCAAGGAAUAUCGCGAGAGCCCUGAUCCAGCUGGUUAUGAAACUCCUGAAGAAGAGGUUCGUUUUGCCUUUCCUGGUUAGUACACUGAAGAUUUUUCUCGUUUUGAAGGGCACUGUGAGCCACAGUUUUGUUCGUUAAUAGUUUGAUAGUUAAAUUUUAUCUACUUUGUUUUCACUAAAAUUAGUUUGCUAUUAGCGUUGAAACAACUUGGAUUGGUUUAUACACUUUCUUCUCUAUUCAAAAAGUCUUUCAUUUAUUUUUUUUUUCAAACAGAAGAAGGAAUAUUUAUUUAUUUACACUGAGAAUUUUUUUCAGCUUAUCGUCGGUGACGACGAAGAAGAAGAUCUUCCGAUCGAAAGCGUUAAAACAAAAGUUUCCAAAGCCAAGGAUCUCGACAAUGAGAAAUCUGAUGUAUGUUGAUCGUUGUAUUACAAUUUUUAUCAUGAGGUUCAGAUGGACACGGAUUCUUCAGCAUGGACCACUGAACCAGAUACAGAUGACAGCGAUACAGGAGAAGAUGAAAUCGGAAAAAUGGAAAAACUUCGUCGUCUCUUCUUGAAGUUUCUCGAAACAACUUUUUCACCGUAAAGCGAAAAUAUUCAGAAAGGAGUUCCGUGACGACAAAGGCGUUAAAAAAGACAACAAGCGUGUUCGAGUCCAGAAAAAAGAAACGAAGAAUGUUGACCGGGAAAGCGAUGACGACGAGGAAUGGACUCCAGUUUCGCGAGAGAAAACUGUUGUUCUUUUCGAUCCAAAAGAGGAGAUCACUCACGAGGUUCAUAUAGUUUUAGUCAUUUGAAAUAAUAACUUUAUCAUUAAGGUCAUGAUCAAAAAGAUAAACGAAAUCAUGUCUCUGCGCGGACGUCUCACAACCGAUCGCAAACAACACGUGAAAAAUCUGCAGAAGCUGUACGAGAAAUCUGUAGAGGUUUUGGUACAAAAGUUUGGGGAUGUCUAAAAUUUUUUGCUGCAGAAAAACCUUGGCGCUGGAAUAUUGGUGAAGAUCACUUUCUGUAUUAUUUCCGCCCUCUUCGAACUCAACUCAAAAAUAAGUGAUUAUAUGGAGUAUCCCAAUUUCAUGAAGACGUUGGGAACCGUUAACGAGCUUUUGGAUAUGCUUAUCGAGCAUCCCAAUGUCAAGCUCUCUGUCACUUUCUCCGAAGAAGACGAGAAUCUCAAGGUACAUACCUUUUUUGCUCUAUUCUAUACCAAUUUUCUGAACUUAGGAUGAAACGGAAGACUACAGAAUCCAGGGAUCCGUUUUGAUGGCUGUUCAACGGCUUGAUACUGAGUUGACGAAGAUUCUACAAAACGCGGAUUGUCAUUCAAACGAUUAUAUCGAAAAGUAGCUUAGGAUUAGAAGUUUUUACGAUUAUUUUCAAAUUCAGGCUGAAGGGAGAAAAAGACAUGUGCACUCUGAUUGAAAGAACGCAGAAGUAUAUCGAAGAACGAAUUCAUUUGGGAAUUUUCGAUCAGCACGAAGUUUGCAAGGUCUACAUGAUGCGAAUCGAGCACUUCUACUACAAAUACAAGGAGCAUUACGACGGCGAAGGCAACGUCGCAGAGAUAAUGGACUAUCUUUGCAAGCGAAUCUAUGCCUUAGACGAAGAAAAACGCUUGAGGUAUCUUUCAGAAAUUAUAAAGACUUCUAGUAUCUCGAUUUUUUCCUUUGUUAUGGGAGGAACUUUUAUUAUUCAGACAACGUGCUAUGCUGUGCCAUGUCUACUGGCUCGCUCUUCACGAUGAAUGGCACCGCGCACGCGAUACUCUUCUGAUGAGUCACAUGCAGGCGAUCGUCGAUCAUUCCGAUACCGACACCCAGGUAAAAUACGUCAAAUAACUUCAAAAAUCAGUGUAAAUUUUUAGAUUCUUUACAAUCGAACCAUUUGCCAACUGGGGCUUUGUGCUUUCCGCCAUGGUUUCAUCCGUGAGGCCCAUCAAGGCCUUUCGGAAAUUCAGAACACUCAACGCGCCAAAGAACUGCUGGCUCAGGCCGUUGGAAUGCGACAGCAUGAGCGCACUGCAGAGCAGGUUAUAAUCAUUUUCAGGCGUUUUUUUCUCACUUCAGUUCUUGAAACUUGAAUAAUAAAAAAACUUCAGGAGAAAGUCGAGCGUCAGCGCCAGAUCCCGUAUCACAUGCACAUCAACGUUGAGCUGAUGGAAUGCGUAUACUUGAUUUGUUCUAUGCUCCUGGAGAUUCCACACAUGGCCAGCUGCGAAGUUGAAAUGCGCCGUCGUCUGCUCAGCCGCAGCUUCCACUACCAGCUGAAGCAAAGCGAGAAGGCCUCCUUGAUUGGACCGCCGGAAAAUACGCGAGAACACGUCGUCGCGGCUUCUCGCGCCAUGCUCGCUGGCGAUUGGAAAAAGUGUCGCGAUUACAUCGUAAACGACAAGAUGAACCAGAAGGUGUGGAAUCUGUUCCGCAACUCGGAACGCGUCAAGGAGAUGGUCGUACGCAGAAUUCAAGAGGAAGCUCUCAGGUUUUUUGCUUUUUAUUUUCUCUUGGUUUGUCAAAAAGGUUCUUUUCAUGAUGAUGUUAAGUGGAAUGAGGUAGCCUGUCUCAUAAAAAAGUUAUUCCUUUUUUUUUUGACGCAGUAAUAUUGGUUCAGUAGAAAUUUUGCAUAUAAACAUUCUACAUCGGGUCAUCUUUCUAAAACUAAAAAAAAUUGAUCCAUCGAGUCAUGUUUGUCUCAUGCUUUGUAAUCAGAACGAAAUAACUUUAAAAAAUUAAGAAGGGAUAAUUUUGUUCAGUUGAUUGUAAAUUUUCAGAACCUACCUUUUGAUGUACUCAACCGUUUAUGCUACCGUCUCAUUGAAAAAGUUGUCGGAGCUCUUCGAAUUGUCCAAACGUGAUGUUCACAGUAUCAUCAGGUUUUCAAUAUUCCAUGCAAUCCAAUACAUUUUUUUUCCCAUUUAGCAAAAUGAUAAUCCAAGAAGAGCUAUCGGCUACAUUGGAUGAACCGACCGAUUGCUUAAUAAUGCACCGAGUUGAGCCUUCGCGUCUCCAGAUGCUCGCUCUGAACUUGGCUGACAAGCUUCAAACUCUGUCCGAAAACACGGAGCAGAUACUGGAGCCGCGGACCAACCGUGGAGGAUACGCAGGUCCAGGAUCCUGGUUUCAAGGAAGGAACGAGCGCCAAGGAGACAAGCAAAAGGGUGAUCGAUCCAACUACCAGGUAUUUUGAGUUUUUUUUCUUUCUUUUAUAGCUUAAAAAGCGUCUUCAGGGUGACCGAAGAACAGGACCUUCAGACGGAAAACGCGGAGCCUGGGGACAAGGUGGACAACAACGCCGCCGAGAAAAUCAAAAGACACGCGCUUUCUAAAUGUUCCCUUUUUAUUAAGGUUCUUGUGUCUCCUUCGGUGUUUCUCAUUCGUUUCUGACGCCUGCACUCUUUGAAAGAUGUUUUCAUUUGAAAAAGGGUGCAGGCGUCAACUUGUUAUUGUUAUUGUUUUCUAAUGACCUGUUUUCUUUGGUUUAUUGAGUUUAACUUUAUUGGACUUAGUUCUUCUUCGAGUUUUUUUUGUGCUUGUGGGUUUUUAAAUACAUUUAAUAAAUACAUGAUUUCUGGACUAUUUUUUACUUUUUGUAUUUUGAAGUUAUGAACUUCUGCUGAAUACUUCUUCACAUAUUCUAUGCACCACAUAGUGAAACCUUGAAAUAAUAAUUCGUCUUAUAUUUUUCAAAGAGAAUUUUCAAGUCGGUAAUUUUUUUCUCGCUUUUUAACUCAAGUUAUCGUUCCGCUUUUACAAAAUAUUGAUAUUUUUUUUCAUUUCGGUAAUUUCAAAUGACUUAAAUUCGAACAUUCAGAGUACCUGUUCAACAAACUCUUGAAACGAUGGGCAAAAAGAAGGCUUUCAUUGAGAAAAGAAACGCGCAGAAGUUUCGUUUGAUACCUCAGUCUGCUGCUGAAGAAUGCACUAGCGAGAGGUAUUUUUUUCUAAUAUUUCAGAAAAACAUUAUUCUUUUCAGGUUCGCUCCAACUGAAGAACAUUUGGAAGAGCAACACAAAUUCGGAAUUUUCUAUGAUGAUGACUACAAUUAUAUGCAACAUCUCCGAGAUGUUAACGAGGUUGGAAUGAAUACUGUUUAUUAGAAGCUCUAUUCGUUUUCAGAAAAUGAAGUUGGAAGAAGUUGGGUCAACCGUCGAAGAAAGAGUCGUGAAGAAGACGGUGAUUAAAGUGCCGUUUAUCCCUCCGCCGCCGUUUGGAGCCCUUGGACCGCAAAAAACCGUGGAGUUCGUGGACAACGACGUGCAAAAGGCGUUGGAGGUGGUUUUCCUGAAGAACUACCUGUAUUUUGACUUGUUUUCAGGGAGAUUUGACAGGAGCUGGGGAACUUGAAGAUGACUUCAUCGCUCUUGCCGGAGGAGCCUUGGAUGAUCGCAUCAUGACCUAUCGGUCGAAUUUCGACGAGGAGGAUGACGAUGAUGAGGUUUUUUAACAUUUUGUGUUUCUCUACAAACUACUCUUUCUGUUGAUAUUCCUAACUUUUCGAUUCAGGAAGGGAUUUUCGACGGAUAUGAAGAGGAGGGCGAAGACGAAGAGGACGAAGAAUCUUGCGUCGUGGGUUUUUUUUUCUUGAUUAGUUGAAAUAUUUUCAUUCGGUUUCUUUGUUUGCGCCGUGUCCUUUUCUGAUGUCUUUCCUCUAUUCUUUUCAAAAUUAUUCAAUAUUUGGUCCAUUCUUUCGGGUCUUCUAUGUCGAAAAACUGAGUUAUUAUGCCCAAUUUCUCAAUUCUUCAAAUUACUUUUUCUCCAGGUUUUUUUCAUAUCGCUAGGGAAGUUUCCUACUAUUCCUUUUUCCGACUUUUUCUCGAUAAUCUCUCUGUUUUAAAUUUUAUUAUCUAAAGUAGGUAGUGAAUUCAUGUUUUAAAUUUUUUUAAAAAGGAGAACAAUGUUAAUAGAUAUUUUAUAAACCGAAAAAAAUAUGAAAGAAAAAAAGUCGGAAAAAGUCGCCAUUCGAAAUUUUGCUGGGUUUUUUUUCAUACCAUCCAUUUUCGUACACUCAUUCUCCGAUUCACACACUUCACUAUUACUUGAUGACUUUGAAAAUUGGCCAGCUUUUCCCCACUUUGCGACCCAUUAUGACCAGCUUACAGCUUUGAGGAAAGGUUAUUACUAAUGGGGUCAUUGAAAACGCAGAUCGAAGUUAAAUUGCAUCCUAAGGCAAACUUUUAUUCUUGCAAGCUUAUCCUUUUUACAUGCGCACUUAUCUUUUAUAUUUUUUUAAAACUUGUAGACACGCGAGACUGCUCAACGUGAUAUUGAUCAAGCCUUCGAUCUCAUGAUGGAGAACGAAUACGAUGACGACGGCUUGGUUUGCAUGAUGACAAAAUUUUUACGUGUUCUCUCUAUUUUUUUAGGUUGGAGAAUUAGAUGCCGAGGACACGGAUAUGAGCGGCGUUUUGGAACCCAACAGUGGUCGGUUGAAACGACUAGCUGCUGAAGUGCCAAAAGAUCCCGAAUAUGACGAAAAAGUGAGGAGAAGAAAAAAGUAUAACACCAGAUGUUGUGUUUUUUAGUUGGCGAAACAAUACGUCCGUGAGAGACUUCGUUUAAUCGAAGAAGGAGUGAUCAAGGAAGACGAAGAGACGGAGAUGGUCGAAGUGGAGGAAUCUUCCCGGAAACGUAUCAAAUGGGACUGCGAAUCGUUCGCCACUCAGUAUACCAACAUAUACAAUCAUCCCACGCUCAUCAAAGGUUUUUUCUUCUUUUUUUUCGAACUCUGUCGAAAAAAUAAACGAAAACGGUGUUGGGAAAUAAUUUUAUCGAAAAGCCUGACUUUUUAAGACGACCUCACCAAAAAGCUCCGACAUAGGCAAAUUCGGAAAAGGUUUCAUAGAAAUGUUCCUUUUAAGGUGACAUAGGAUCCUUUUUUCUGCCUCACCAUUUUUCCACCAUUUCUCGAGCAUUCAAAAGUCCAGAAAAAAUGGAAGUCUCGAUAAAGGGAGUUUUUUGCUGCCUUUUUGCGGCCUUUUUAGCGGCCAUUAUCCACAAUUCCGACUUUGCCCGAGAAAAUUGAAAAUUCUCCUCGAUCCGUAGUUCGAAUUCGCAUGCUCUACCUCUCAUGAAACCCAUUGUUUUGUCAAUAAAAAAAACUUUUGAUGCGAAAUGAUGAAACGUUUUGAUUUUAUAUCAGAACGAAAACUCAUAGAUCAAAAAACAUUUAGUCUUUUCUCUGCUCUUGUAAUUAAAUUUUUUUAAAUUUUAUGUCAACCCCUUCUUUCCUGAACUAUCGUAUUUAUUAUUGAAGCCUCGUGUUUUACAACAGUUUUGAUUGAGGAAAGUUGAAAAGGAGUGAAAUUAAAAAGAAAUGUUGUAGGCAAUUUUAAGUUAGGAAAUUUUCUCAAUUAUGGUUUUGAGCCUCUCUCAUCUCUCCAAGAAAAAUGCUAUAAUUUAUGAAUAGAUCUUUUUUUGCAGACGAGAAGGCGAAAAAAAUGAGGGGAAAAAAUUACCGCCAAGUUUUUUUAGAAAAAUUUUAUAAAAAGAUUAUUUAACCCAACCCAAUGUGUUUAAGCUCUAAAAAUCCUCAAAUUUUUUUAUUAAAAAAAAAUUUUUUUACUUUUUUUCUGCUUUGAGUCAUGAAUUCUAUGACUAUGAUUAUAAAUUUUCCAACUCAUUUUUUCUCAGAACCUCGGGGGAAGCAAUUGUCGAGAAAGAACUUGAAAUGGCUGGACAAGCAGGCCGAAAAGAUGGACACGGCCGAGGAGGAGGACGAACUCAUGGAAGAUGAGGACGAAGAAGAUGACGACGCCAGCCAGUGUACUGUAUCUACAUUCAGGUGAAUGAAAAGGGCCAGGAAUAUAGUGGAAGAUGUUUGCCUGUAUUUCAUAUUAACCGAUCAUAUUCACACCGUUUUUUUCGAGAAAGAGGAUCUGCAAUUUUUCAUUUUCAAAAAAAGUACAAUGGGAGGAAAUUCAUUCGUAAAUAUAUCUUUGGAUAAGAAUAAAAUUAACAGAGAAAGGUUUUUUGAUAAAAAAAAAAAAGGAGAGUAACUUUUUGGAGUGAGAAAUAUAAUGGAUAUUGUGUUGUAUAUCGCUCUGGAAAACUUUUGACAAGCUUUUCCUCGGCUUCUAUAUUACUGUACAAUUCCAACUUCAUUUGCGAAUACUCGUACAUAAUCCUACCGCCAACCCACAAGUCUGGAAUCCGAUUUCGUUAUCGAGCGGAGAUCAGACCCUAGUGAAUGAGAUUUGAAUGAAGUUGGAAAUUCGGCUUUAUUCGACAUACAGAAACUCCUACUGCCGUAUCUUCAUUAGUUUUUUUUGGUUCUGGAUUCUGAAUAAGGACUUUAAUUUGUUAAGACCGAAAGGAGAGACCCCUGAGCAACGUCGGCUGAGAAAACUUGCUGUGAAAGAGUCUCGAAGAGCGCGACGACAAGAAAAGAAGGCGAACAAAACUGCGUUUGCAACAGAAUCGCGGAAGGUUAAAAAGUUUUUGAGAAAAAAGAAGUAUCGAUUCGGUUCCAGAUGGCGAAGGGACGAAUCGGACAGCUCAAAGCAGUUCCUCUACCUUAA